UUCGCCUGAAACAUGUGCGAGGUCGUCGGUUGACUUUAAGUUAAUGCCGAGUGUUCAGCCUAUCCAGUGAAUUAUGGCCAACUCCUCUAUUCUUGAGCUACAAAUCCAGUCUUUCAAUUCAACGCUUUCUCGUGUUUUCUGGUUUCUUCUCAUUUCCUUCUCUCUAUUGGCACUCGUGGUUCUUGGAGUCAUCGCUAAUGUAAAAGUCUGUAGCGUACUUGUUCGAGGUCGUCGAUUUAAAAAACACCUAUCCAACUUCAUGCUCUUUCACUUAUCGAUCACGGAUCUGAUCUAUCGCCUAAUUGUUAUACCAGGGUAUCUAGCCGCAAAAUACUUUCCGGUAAAGACCAGGUCAGAGCUGUCCUGUAAAGUCGCAUACACGUGUCUUCGUGCAGUCUAUACUGCUGUGUUUACAAGUUUAGUGGUGAUUGCAUUCGACAGGUACCAAAGCAUCACAAAACCAUUUAAACGUCUUCGCCGUAAACCCAAGCUUUUCCUUUGGAUUUUUGUCGUUUGGGGAUAUUCCACUGUUUGCGCAUUGCCGCAGUUUUUCAACGAUGGAAUUGGUACUUUAACAAUCAAUCUUACUCAUUUUUCCAACUCAACCAGUUACGUUUUUCAGAUCUGUGUUGCCACAAAAGAAAGUUCUAGUAAAAGAAUAUUGAUUAUAUUUUAUUUCAUAUUGGGUUUUCUGGUGCCUCUAGUGUUAAUUACUAUUGCCUACAUUAAAAUUGCUCUCUUUCUUUGGAGAAAAAGUCGAAAUCGCGUGUUGAAUCAAGCCGCCGUAAAUUCUAGAAGAAGAGCACUUCAGAUGCUUGUGCUAAUGGUCCUUGGAUUUCUGAUUUGCCUGGGACCAUCACAGUUAAAAAAACUGAUGGAGUCGUUAGGUGUGAUCCAGGAUAACGCAGCUGUCGCCACUACUGUUUUUAUUUUCCAACUGUCGAGUUCCCUUAUCAAUCCAAUACUUUAUAGUCAUUAUUCCUCUGAGUUUAAACAAGGGCUUAAAAAUGGAAAAUAG